CCAACAGCAGCCUCUGGUUGGAUACCAACGUCUGCUCGCCUGUGCUUCCCUGCAUUUGCCUGUUCAUCUCAUCCCCGACUAUCGUAUCUUUCCCAGACGCGUUCCGGAUUUCCUCACUGCCUGCCUGCCUCACCUCAGACACCGACCUCGCCCGACAUCCUUAUCUAGAGAUCGUCUCUUGCCAACCUCACCGCCGACCACGUCUGCGCAAACGUUGCGCUUCACCUCUACGGACUCAACGCCUGCAUACAGACGGUAUCAUGACCUCAACCUCGAACACUCCCUACGCUACACCUGGAACGUCCACUCCUACCACAAGACCUGGCACACCCAGUAGCCAGCAGCCCACCCCGGCCACCACACCCGCAGAUAACCAGCUACAAGAUGACAGCUCGAAACUGCGAACCUUCCUGAGUUUGUUAAGAAAGUUUAUCGGCGUCACAGAUAUCGCAAAUGUCCGCUUCUCUUUGCCUUCACAACUUCUGGAACCUAUACCUAACUUAGAAUACUGGCACUAUCUCGAUAGACCGGAAACGUUCGCAAGUAUCGGCACAUCAGACGAUGCCGUGGGCCGUAUGCUAGAAGUGCUGAGGUUUUGGUUCACAAAAGAUCUGAAAUACGUCAAGGGCAAGCCUUGCAAACCCUACAAUUCCACACUGGGCGAAUUCUUCAGGUGUAACUGGGAAGUCACCGAGCCAGCACCCUCAAUAUCACAACCGUCUAGAGCACCGCCUCAACCGCCCGCAGACCCAACCCAACAGAAUGGCGAGAAAUCCGUGCGAAUAUCUUUCCUGACCGAGCAGACAUCCCAUCACCCUCCCGUCUCAGCAUACUGGUACGCCUGUGCUGAACGAGGCAUCCACGCCCGGGGCUACGACCAGAUAUCCGCCAAAUUCACAGGCACAUCUGUCCGCGUGGUUCCAGGUGUUUACAACCGAGGGAUAUUCAUCACACUCACGAAUCGAGACCAUGAGGAAUACCAACUCAACCACCCAUCUGCAUCUCUGGGCGGCCUCCUCCGCGGCUCCCUGUACAUCUCAGUGGCAGACACCUGCGCCGUAACAUGCCCGAAGACAAGGCUGAAAUGUCUCCUGACAUAUGUCGAGGAGAGCUGGUUCGGCAAAGCGCAGAACCGCGUCCACGGGCUGAUCUUCCGCUACGACCCCGACGACGACAAGUAUACGCGGGUUAAGGACGUGCCGGAUAAGGACAUCCUAGUCAAAAUCGAAGGAUGCUGGCAGGAACAGAUCACUUACACGAUCCCUAAGAGUGCGGCUGUCAAGGAAACUGACGGCCUUGAGCCCACGUCUGACAAGCAGUUGCUCAUCGACUUGCAGCCAUUGAUGCCCGUGCCCAAGAUCGCGCCACCGGCAGAAGAACAGCUUCCCAACGAGUCACGGCAGUUUUGGAAGGAUGUCACGACCGCCAUCAUGGAGAAGCGCUAUGCAGAUGCCACCCGGAUCAAGCAGGACUUGGAGCAGGCUCAGCGGGACAAGGCUGCUAAGCGAAAAGAGGUGAAUGCCGAGUUUAAGCCCAGGUUCUUCACCUCUGUUACCGAGCCAAACGGGAAGCCAGAGUUGACUGAAUAUGGCAGAGAGGCUCUUCAAGGAAUGGACAAGAAGGCAUAUCAAAUUGAGCAUCUCCCAGAACCAGGGGUUGAUGUAUAGAUGGCGGUUUCCUAUCCUUUGGUUGUGAAGAGUAAGAGAUCAGGGCUAUGCUACCUUGCUCUGGCACCGUCGCACUUUGCCGGUGUAGCGGCUAUGCCGGGAGAAGUGUAGUUCCUGUGAGGUGAUGCGCAAUGAUUUUGGUGCAUGAAUCGACAAAGUACUACGGCGGCUGUCGAAUAUCCGGGAGGCCGGAGGAAGCCACUCCCCUUGCAUCUGGAGUUUAUGACGACAACACGGAAUGGCGUCAAGGCGAUAGAUCUGAAGACUUACAAUGCAUUAGCAUCAGCACGUUCUGGCUGGGAGCUCUGCGUUUGCGCUGCUGCUGGUGUGCAGGCUGUAUUAUUAUCCCUCGCUCGACGAGAUGUUUCGACUUAAGCCAAUGCGACAUUUAAUAUGAUUGUGAAUGUGCCCUC